AAAUGAGAACCCAUGUUUAAUGCACAAUACAUACAUCAUAGAGUGGUCUCUGGACAAAGCAUUUAUAUAUUGGGAAAGAGCUGUUACAGUUUAACAGCUUACCUGAUGACAGUUUCAACCCUGUUGCAGAAAGUGUCAUUAAGUUAACAAACUUAAAUUACUAGCAGCUCAAGGUUACAGUUAUUGUAAGGCAGAUAUGACAAAACAUAGCAAAUACUGUAACACUUUGUGUAAUGUUAAAGGAAGUGUGAUAAAUGAUUUUAUUUUUUAUGUUCAGCACCUUCACUGGUGCAAAGUUUAAAAAUAAAAACCUGGACUAGAAAGGAAUAAGAAUGUUGAAUAGUGGAAGGAUAAUUGUCUAUAUAUUCAUGCAUUCAUCAUUAACCUAUAAACUUGAGAAUUCUUCGUAACUAUUCAUAGGUAAUAUCCAUAUUCUAUAUCACAAAUACACGCUGCACAUAAUACGGACAAACAGGAAAUGACACCCAAUAAAAAACAAUCAUCCCGACAAUAUAGUUACUCCCAAUAUGAAUGACUCUUCAAUGUGACAAGUGCUUUGAGGAUUAUCUGCAUGUUUGGAGCUGCACCAAUAACACUGGUACAGCGAUAUGUUACAUUUGACAUUAAAUUAUUUUCAUACAUUUGUAAAUUAUUUUGACACUCUCAGACUAUUUAUCUUACUUUUCACAUCUCAAAUUGCAAACACAAUUACUUAUUAUUUUCGAUGGAGAAUACAACAAAACAGCCAUGGUAAAACAUGGGGCAGUAGGAUUAUCAUUAGAAUGCUUAAAAAAUUUAAUAACAAAUGACAGUUUCUUUGAAAUAAUAGUUUCAUACACCUAGGAACACCUUAGAAUGAGCUAAUAUACAAUGAACAAGCAGCUCAACUUUCCACAUUGUAAUUCAGAUUAAUUUAAAGAUUUCAGUAUUUUUACUACACAAGAGAAUUUGUAAUAAUCCGGUUAAUGUCAUUUAACAAUAUGUGUAUUAGUAGGCGUAAAACUGGCUUCACUAGUGGCAUUCGUAGUGCAAAAUAUUAUGAAGAGCUCUCCAGGCAUUAGAUGUUCUAUGCUGUGAAUAUUUGAUCGCAACUAUAACUAAAAUAUUAUGAAGAGCUCUCCAGGCAUUAGAUGUUCUAUGCUGUGAAUAUUUGAUCGCAACUAUAACUAAAAAAGCAAUUCUUGAAGUUUAUUGAAUCCGAAAACGCAGACGAGUUGAAAGGGUUACAAAAUGCAACUUCGGUGGUUUCCAGCUUUUGUGGUGUUACCAAGUGAACCGAAAAACUUGAACUUUUUCUUUUCUUCACCGCUGGAAAGCUUAACUAUUUGAAUACUUGUUAGCACAAAAUUUGCUCUGGUUAACUGUUAACCGGUAGCCUUUGCUACAUCUUGUGUAAUGUUGGGUGACCAGUUCUUUAUGAAACAAAGUAUCACAACUUUAGUAAUUACAGGCUUACAGCGAUAGUACCGGUACUAAUGUUAAGUGAUUUCUAUACACUGUCUGCACUAUUGUUUCAUGCGACGUCACUAUUUCGCCCACUAUUCGGUGGCACACUUUUAAUACAGUCUCUAAUUCUGUAAACUGUAAAUAAGACGCUCUAAACUUUUCUUUUGAGUAGGUCUCGACUGAUUUCCGUCAGUGUAUGCCGAUCAUUUUAUUUGAGGUAAUAGAAACGGCACCAGCACAGUAGCUUGUUUCCCUACUUUAUUUACAUAACAAUGUAAUUGCUAAGCCUUGUAAAUAGCAUCUGAAAUGUUCAGGGACCUUUUGGCAUUUAUCGCUCAUUCUAAAACGUGAUAUCGUGUCAAGCAUGCAUGAAAUCGAUUCAAAACAUUAAAGCCCGCUGUUUUAAUAGGUUCUUUGUAAAAUACAGAGUUGCUUCACUUACAGAGUUAAUAUACUGCAUGUACAAGCUAUUUGAUACCAUGUUUGCAUUCAUAUAUUUAUAAGCUGUUCACUGUUGUCAGUGUACGUCUUUCAUUAAUUGUAGCAGCUGUUCUCUCUGAUAUACGCGGCGAAACUUUUCUAACGCACAAAAAAGGCCGAGUUUAAGGGGAAACGCCACGAGCACCCAUUGCGCUUAAAAUUCACGUUGUACUGUGGUAAUAAAACAAAAUUCAACAUAAUGUCUCGAUCAAAGUUUGGUAAACUACUACACCCGCGCUUACUGAUUCACGCAUACUCCAUGAAUGAAUGCGGGAAUUUAUUUUGACAGCAAUCUGGUUCAAGAGCGUGUAAUAAACGGACAGCAUACAACUAAUUAAAUAAUUUUUCUGGGGGUAUUUGUUAUUUUACGUUGAUAACUAGGUUGUCACUUUUCCUUCUCAAUUUAUUAGCUUUAUAAGUGGUUGCUACCAUCUUACUACAAACGAAAAAUCAGAAUUUCAAAGUUCAUAUUUCCGAAAAAAUAAACAGUUCUACAGUGAGUCAGUCUAUCGCGAUGUUUUGUACAUUUAGGUUAUAAAUUAAUUUCAUUGGGAGGCUUGCGAAAACCUUUACCCUAUGUUAUUGUGAAUAACAUCUUUGCAAUGUUAUGCGUUUGUCAGAGGAUUGUAGGGCUGUGCAUGUUUGAGUGUAUGAGUGCGUGUGUCAUAUUUUAAAAACUAAAGCUCUAGUACUGCAUUUUCGUAAGAGAUAUGGGCAAAAGAAAGAACCAAGUUUUAAUAGAUUCGGAGAGUGGAGAAAGCGACGGCAGUGAGUCUGAUCUGGAUUCGGAAUUAUUGUCUUUGUCCAAGAAGAAAAAAGCAAAACAUCAAGAUGAUGGUGCUGAGAAUAAUGUGACUAAGAAGGAGAAUGCAUUCAGUGAUUCUGAUACUUCAGACUCUGAUGAUGACUGGGAUGCAAGGGGAAACAAUAAAAAGAAGAAGAAACCAAAACCUGCAAAGAGGACAGGAAAGAGGACUGUCACAAAAUCAUCUUCGGGCAGUGAUAGUGAGAGUGAAAAGGAAAAGAGUUCGGAACCUGAAGAAGGUGAGGUUUCGGACUCUGAAGGAAGUGACAGUGACAGCUCAGAUCUGAGUCAGGAAGAGUUCAAUGAUGGCUAUGAUGAGAACCUGAUGGGUGAUGAGGAAGACCAAGCUCGACUUGCCCAGAUGACAGAGAAAGAGAGGGAGCAAGAAAUAUUCAAGAGAAUUGAACAAAGAGAAGUAAUGAAGACAAGAUUUGAGAUAGAAAAGAAGCUGCGACUAGCAAAAAAGCAGGAAAUGAAGAAAAAGAAAGAUCAAGGAAAGAAGAAAGAGGAAAAGAUUGAUGUGAAAGAAAGGUGUAAGGAGAGAAAGAAAACUGUUGAAGAAAAUAGAGGCAAAGUUGACAGGAAAGUGCAUGCAAUGAAUUUGCUAAAAGCACGCCGCGAGGAGAAAAGAGAAAGAGAGGAGAAAGAGAAGCAGCAACGUAUUGAGCAGGAAAAACGGAAAGAAGAGGAGAAAGAAGUUACUGAAGAGCAGGAAGAGGAUGGCGAACAACCCGAGGAAAAAUCUAGUAGUUCUAAAACCAAGCUAAAAGCCUCUGAAGUGUACACUGAUGACAGUGGGUCAGACAGUGAGAAGUCUGAGAAGGAAGAAACUCAAAGGAGAAGCAGGAGUAGUAGUAGCAGCUCUCGGAGCAGUAGUGACUCGGAAUCUGACAAGAAGUCAGUAUCCAGUACAAAAACGAAGAAAGUUAACUUUGUAACCAAAAAAGAAGACUUAAGUAAAAUAAGGUUAUCUAGGCAUAAGAUGGAGAGGUUUGUCCAUUUACCCUUCUUCACUAGAGUAGUAACUGGAUGUUUUGUUAGGAUAGGAAUUGGAAAUAAUAAUGGCAAACCAGUGUACAGAGUUUGUGAAGUUAGUGGUGUGUGCGAAACCGGGAAAGUAUACCAGCUGGGUAACACGCGUACCAACAAGGGCCUUAAGUUAAGGCAUGGUAUACAGGAGCGAGUGUUUCGUUUGGAAUUUGUGAGCAAUCAGGAUUUUACCGAUAGUGAGUUUAACAAAUGGAGAGAGACGUGUGCCUUACAAGGUGUAUCUCUGCCUACUCAAGAGGACCUUGAACAAAAACUGAAAGAUAUAAAGGAAGCAAUGAUUUAUGAAUUUAAAGAAGAAGAUAUAGAAAAAAUUAUUCGUGAAAAAGAAAGGUUUAAGACAAAUGUUUAUAAUUAUGCAAUGAAGAAAACUCAGUUGAUGAAAGAACGAGAUAUGGCUGCUGGGAGAGGUGAUGAAGAAGAGGCAGCAAGGAUUCAGCAGAAACUCCAAGAGUUGGAAGAAAGAGCUGAAGAACUUGACAAAUUACGAACAUCGACUAUUUCCAGUAUUAGUUACAUCAAUGAUCGUAACCGCAAGAAAAAUGUUGAAGAAGCAGAGAAGGCCAUAAUGGAAGAAGUUAGAGCCAAUAAAGGAAAAGUUAUAGAAGACCCUUUCACACGACGCCAUACAAAGCCUCGCAUGGUUUUCAAAGUUCAGGGUCAGCAAGAUGAACCACCACCUGAAAAACUUCCGGCACCAACAGAGAAGAAGAUUCAAGAAGCAGAACAGUCUCCUAUAUCAGAGGCACCUGCCAAUAAGGAAAAGGAAAAGUCACCUGAGAAGAAAAAGGAAAGUUCAAAACUUUCAAAGACUGAUGACCUGUUCUCUGCCCAUGACUUUGACAUCAAGAUUGAUCUUGAGGUCCCUCUUCAUAGCAACCCAGUUAGUGUUACUCCUAAACCAAUGACAAUGGUAAAGGACACUGGGCCUAAGCGAUCUCUUAACUUGGAAGACUACAAGAAAAAACGAGGACUGAUUUGAGAGCAAAUGUACUUAACUGCAGUAACUGUUGCUGCAAUUUAUAUUGUGCACGUCUGUUGUACAGUUUUUCACCUUUCUGUAUUUCCUUGUACGGAACAUAUGGUCUCUGCAUUUGAGAGCCAAGUGUCUAAACUCAAAUGUAUUUAACAGUGAUUUUUUCCAGGAUCCUGUCUAGUAGGUGUUAGACAUUUCACUGUGUGUAUGUGAACAAAACCUGUGACUUGAAAGUUUUCUUAAGUGAAUGGACAAGUUAUUUAUGUUGUCAUAGCUAUGCUUACAGUCAGAGCUGUGGCGCUGCAAAAAUAAUGAAUAAUAUGCUGCUAAUACACCAGAUUAAAAAGUGUGAUAUUUGUAUUCAAGAAUAUUUUUUAAAAUUGACAUUUUGUGUGUAAUGUAAACUUUAGGACACAAAGUACAAAAAUCAAAAAGUUUGCCAUUGGGGAAGCUAUUCCCAAAACUACUAUAGCUGAAACUGCCAUAAUGCAAUAUGUAUUAUUGUUAACUAUUUGAAUGAUUGUGAACCUUUAAUUUUUCAUUAGUAAUUCCUUGUAGUAUAUAUCUAGUGUUAACAUAUUGCAUUGUACAUAACAAAAUGUUUAGCAUAAAAAUAACAAUUUCAUAUAAAAACCAA